AUGGGCGACGCUGGCGAUGCCAAGGCGCCAGUGCCAGUGACACAGGACCUAAUUGCAUCUCUCAAACCUGCGAAGGUAUUUAAAGAAUUUGUUCAAGCGGAGCACCAAGUCACGAGUUUGGACUAUGACGACCGUGGCGAACUGUGUGUCACGGCGUCGGAUGACGAGACGAUCCAACUGUAUAACUGCCGCAGUGGAAAACACGUAAAAACAUUGUACAGCAAAAAAUAUGGUGUCAACCUUGCGCGGUUCACACACAAAUCAUCGGCGAUUGUGUACGCAUCGACGAAGGAAGAUGAUACGGUCCGAUACCACUCCAUGCAUGACAACAAGUAUCUACAAUACUUCCGCGGGCACAAGCGCCGUGUAGUGUCGCUGGAGAUGUCACCGGUGGAUGAUACAUUUUUGUCUGGAGCCGUGGACGAUUCGGUACGCCUGUGGGAUCUACGAAGUCCUGCUGCCCAAGGGCACUUGCGCGUACAAGGUCACCCCGUGGUAGCAUAUGAUCCUACAGGCAUGGUAUUUGCUGUAUCGAUCAAUGAACGUGCCGCUGUCCUACUUUAUGAUCUACGCAAAUUUGAUCACAGCCCUUUCCUAACGAUCAUGAUUGACGAUACAGCUGCGCUCUCGCAAAUCAUGAUUCCUCCUCGUGUGCCCAUCAUCACGUAUCUCGGCUUCAGCCAAACAGGACAAUAUAUCCUUGCAGGCACAUCAGGCGAUGUUCAUUACGUCCUGGAUGCGUUCUCUGGCCAGAUGCUCUUCCGACUUGUCGGCCAUGUCGGCCUGGAGCGUGCGGAAGGUGGGUCGAUUGGUAUGGUCCCUACCGCAGGCAUUAGUGGGCAAGAAUUGUGCUGGUCGCCCGAUGGCCGGAUCGUGAUCGCAGGCUCGGCUACCGGCCAGCUCUGUUUCUGGGCCAUUCCUGAGCAGCCGCCUGCGUCGCCGCCUGAAACGCUGCAGCCCAGUGGCUCGCUGAACGGCCACGGUGGCUUACCGCGAGUCGUUGCUUUCAAUCCACGAUGUGCACAACUGAGCACGGCAGGUGCAGAGGUGGCAUUCUGGUUGCCAGAUACGCAAAUGUAG